AAUCGACUUUUAGAUCCCUAUUCACGGCAAUAAAAAACUACAUUUUUGCAGGAAAAAAAGCGUAGAAAAAUUAACGAAAUAUAAUAACUAUAACAAAAACAAACAGUGGCAAGUAGUAUUCGCUGGAUAAGAUUAAAAAACUUUGAUAUAAAGAUGUUUUAAUUGAAGAGAAACAUCAUUACAAAGUCACCUUAAAAAAAGGAGGUGGGUGAAUCAUAAAAUAUCCCUGCGAGUUUGUGUUGUUUUUUAAGGACCAAAAAUGUAUCAAAGUGCUUGUAAUGUCGCCACCACUGGCUCGUGCGCACCCAACGCCGAGGCUGAACGCGAAGCCGAGCGUCAAAAUGCUCUAAUGUCACAACAACCUCCCACCCAGCCAAUUGAGCCGGACUAUAGUGGCUUUGAUAUAGUGAAAGCGACUCAAUAUGGAGCCCAUGCAAGAGUCAAAGAGCUAGUUGAAGCCGGAUGGGAUGUAAAUCAGCCGGACAGUGAAACCGUCACCCUUCUUCAUUGGGCUGCCAUCAACAAUCGGCGUGAUAUUAUCAAAUACUUUUUGGAGAAGGGGGCAGUGGUCGACGCAUUGGGUGGCGAAUUGAAUGCAACACCAUUGCACUGGGCCACACGUCAGGGUCAUUUAGGAGCCGUAGUUUUGCUAAUGACGGCUGGUGCUGAUCCUCGUAUACGUGAUGCUGAGGGAUGUUCUUGCAUCCACAUUGCGGCACAAUUUGCUCAUACAGCCCUGGUGGCUUAUUUUAUAGCAAAAGGUGUGGAUCCAGAUUUGCAAGAUCGUGGUGGAAUGACUGCUUUAAUGUGGGCAGCAUGGAAAGUCUGCGCAUUAGAUCCUGUUCGGUUACUACUUACUUUGGGCGCUAAUCCCGCCAUGGUUGACUAUACACAUGGCAAUACCGCACUACAUUGGGCCAUUUUGGCUCGCAAUUCAACGGCCAUUAGUACUUUAGUUUUAAAAUCCAAAGCUUCCUUAGACGUACCAAAUUUACGUGGUGAAACCCCUUUGACAAUGUUGGAAGCACAGUCCGGUGCCGUCUGGAUAGGUAGCAAAGUAAUGGAGCGUGUUAAGGAUGCCUCACUGUCAUCACAGCAGCGACGUAGUUUAAUAACCCGCAUAAAGCACGACAAGCGUUUACGUUGGUGGUCAAUGGUGGCAUGUCCAUUUACUGCGUUUUACUUGGCUGGAGUCGUUUUCACUUUAAACACAUUGUAUAUUAUAAAAUUCUUUUUGCUAGUUUGUUUAUAUGCUAUAUUCCAUACGCUGGGAAAGACACUGUUCGACGAUCACUUAAUGGCUUUAUUACCAUUGAGUGUGUAUUUGGCGAGUAAGGCUUGGUUUUACAUAACAUGGUUCGUUUACAUUAUUGAUGCCGUAUCGUUUGGUACCACCUUGCUGUUUUUGAUAUGUUCCGGUGGCCUUUGGGUAUGUUUUAUCAAAUCCUGGAAAGGUGAUCCCGGCAUUAUUCAGCCCACUCAAGAGCAACGAUUUAAGACAAUUAUCGAAUUAUCCGAACGUGGUGGUAUAGGCUUUGAGCCUUCCUCAUUUUGUUCCGGUUGUUUGGUACGACGUCCUAUACGUUCCAAACAUUGUAGUGUGUGUGAUCGUUGUGUUGCCCGUUUCGAUCAUCAUUGUCCAUGGGUGGGCAAUUGUAUAGGCUUAAAGAAUCACACCUACUUCAUGGGAUUCUUAUGGAUGCUAUUGAUAAUGUGUGGUUGGAUGUUAUAUGGAGGAUCUUAUUAUUACAUGAAUACCUGUAAUGUGCAUUUUGAUGAUUUACUUGCUGCUCUAAGAGCAAUCGGCGAUUGCAAUGCCUGGAUCGGUUGGGUUAUGGCCAAUGCCUUGUUGCAUAUGUCUUGGGUGAUUUUACUAACCAUUUGCCAGACGUAUCAAGUCAUAUGCCUGGGCAUGACCACCAACGAACGUAUGAAUCGCGGCCGUUAUAGACAUUUCCAGGCACGCAGCGGACAAUCGCCUUUCACGCGCGGAGCUUUCAAUAAUUUGAUAGAUUUCCUCGAGUGCACAUGUUUUGGCUUGUUCAAGCCCAAACGCAUAGAUUGGAUGCAUUAUUAUGACUUUGAUGUGCAUACCUCAAAACCCAUAGAGCAUGAGCCAUUGUUGAGCAAUGGCGGUGGUGUGGGAGGUGAUGAAUCAACGGCGGCAGCUACGCAUAAUUACCAGUAUGUGUAGGAUAAGUCGAAUCGGGAUGCGAUGACACGUAAAGCACCCAUAGCUAAUGUUUAAAAAUUGAAAAUUCCAAAACAACAAAUGCUACAUUAAAAAAGAAAACUAAUUUAUUAAAUACUUUUUGUGUUAAUUUUAAAAAUUAGCAAAAAUUUUAAAAAGUCGAAAUUUAUGUUUUCACUAUAUUUCCAUAGUGUAGGUAAUUGUUAGCCUACUAAGUUGAAGUGUAUUUAUAUAUAUAUAUAUAUUUAAAGUAUUAGCUUUUAUGCAUAAACUAACUAGCCUUUCCUUUUGUUGUUAUAUCUUGGGUGUUGUUUUUUGUUUUGUUUUUUUUUUUUUUUUUUAAUUAUUAAACUUAAUUUAUGUGUAAGAAUAGCUGCUCAAAGUUUUGAUACGUUUGAAGAUAACGAUGAUGAAGAUGUUUUGUAGCACCGAAAGCCAUAUGAAACAUUUUUUUAUUUAUAUAUUAAAAAUAUAAUUUUUUUUGUUUUAUUUUGUGUUUAAAUUUAGUAUAUAAUUGUGUUAGAAAAGUAAUUUAUACCACCUUAUUGAGACAUAUGAAAUUAUAUAUUGAACAAACUAACAGCCAUUUAUUUGUAUAGGCCUGUUUUAGAAGAACAGAUAAGAGAAAUAAAAAAAAAACAUAUUGGAAAAAUAUGAACACAACAACAAGUCAUCGCAUACCGAUUCCUUAACUAUUUGUAAGAUUGAUAUAAAAACACACAAACACACCUAUAAACUUACUUAAUGAAUCCCUAAGCAAAAAGAAAAAAAACCCAAAAAUGAAUAAAAAUCAUUUUUUUGUAAAUUUUUUUAAACAUAUAAUACAUAUAUUCCAAUGGAAAAUAGAAGCAGGAAAAAAACCAAAAAACAAAAAAUAAAUUCUUAAAAUCUCUUAGAAUCGUAAAAACAUACACACAUAAAUCCUCACUCCUUUACUUCCUAAACGAACCCAAGCGACUCUAUACAAAAGACAUGUACAUACAUAUAUUUAAAUUUAUAAUAUCUUGUUUAAUUUAUUACCAAAUUAUGCAAUAGUCUCUACAAAAACCAACUCAGUGUUCUAAUUUUGUUUUUGUAAUACAUAAUUCAGUCAUGCAUAAAAUUUAUCGCUGUAACACUUUUUCAAAACAUUUUGUAAUUAUUAGUUAAGAAUUUGCUUAUGCCACAAAAACAAAAAUUGAUUAUUACAUUUUAAGUACAUUUACAUUACACAGUAUGAAGAAAGAGAAAAAAAAAUAAUAGGAAAAAACAGGAAACGCUGGAAAAUCCCAAAGAAAUUAUUCAAAAUAUCGAUGAAUGAAAAAACCAUGAAACAAAAUACCACAAAUAAAUGCCAUUAAGCUUUUAUAAACACAAACAAAAAUCAGCUGUAAAUCGUGUAAUUUUAAUUAAAAACAAAAAUCCCUAUGAGUAGAGUCCGGAUUUUUGUGCAAAACCGAAAUUCAAAAAAAAAAAGACGGCAGCCCUGCCUUGAGCAAGAACUAGUAAAUCAGAGCUCCCAGUAAUUUUUUUUAAAGAAAAGUUAAAAAUAAUCGUUAUUAAAGUAGUUCCAUCUUCAAAAUCAUCACUUAAUACACAAUUAAUGACAUAUUGUUCGAUGUAGAUAAAAAGUCUUCGAUAAAAACAUGUUUUUGCUUUAACGAAAAUAAA